AUGCGGAAACAUCAAGACACAUCUGCUGGCGAUGCUGAGAAGAAGCGAAGACAAAACCGAAUCGCACAACAGAGUUCCCGGUCAAGACAAAAUGCAUAUGUACGCAAUCUGGAGGCUCUUGUCGAGGCCGUCAAGGUCAAGUGCAACGAGGACGAUGCGAGCAAGUAUUCAAAACUUCUCAAGGCGCAUUUGCAGCUUAUAGAGGAGAAGCGGGAACUGGAAGACGCAUUCCUGCGAUUAAGGCAGAGGUUGCUUAGCAUUGGAAACAUGUCAGUUACGGCAGCGGACUCUGGGCCGACAGACUCAACGCCAACCGCCCAGUCGCCGCAUUCAAUCAAUGAAGCUGCCACCGCGGGACUAUUGCCCCAAAGGAUGGGCCCCUUGCAUGCUGACACGGGCGUUGGGCAAGCCAACGAACCUGAAUUGACCCACCCGACGAUCGCGCACCAUCAUACUCCUGCAUCAGCGCAAAAUGGACUUUUUGUCCCCGAAAUUCAUUGGUCGGCCGACACGGGCGAUACAGUACCAGACCAGAGCAUUGACUUACAGGCAAUGACACCAACGCCUGGCCUUGUAACGAUGCAGGCUCGUAUACCAAGACCCAUUUUUGAGACCUAUACAUCCAAUACAGGCACUAUCAGCAACGCCGCCAUUUUCGCACAGCAAGUUUACUUCGCGGCAAGUAAAGUGCUGACAGGAGCAUCGACAAAUAGCCUCAUUCUGCCGAUCGGAUACAAGCAAUCACCCCAUCCACCAGGAGAUCUCGUUAACGAAAUCGCAUCUAGCGCUGUCGAAGUAAUCGGUUCAUUAGCCGGUUUGAAUACUUAUAUAUAUGGCGUUAGAUUCGCAAAUUGUAUGGAGCAGGUCUUGCGCUGGCGCUUGACCAACGACCAAGAGGUACGAAUGGCCAUAUCCGAGCCCUUUCGGCCUACGACUCUGCAGCGCAAAACGCCGACACACCCCGUCGUCAUAGACUUUAUCAAUUGGCCGUCCAUAAGAGACCAAAUGAUUCUCAUGUCGAACAAGAUCGAUCUGGACGCCAUGUGCCGCGAUCUCGUUUUGAACACGGUGGUGGAGAUACCGCACCGUCAAAUCGCAGUUCGUGUGCACGAUGUACUGUUCCAACAUGUCCUACCACGUAUCCAAGGAUGCAGUACACAUGGCGAAAUAUCUAUGCUUUUCAAUUCAAAGUGGAUAUACCUGACAAUACCUUCGUCAAGUCAAGGCCCGCGUCACGGCACAGCCUCGCCCAUCGAGGAUGCCCUUGCUAUGGAGAUUGCGAACCGGAUUCAGCGGCGCAGCAAUGGAGCCCCGACUGUACAAGACGUCAAUAGCAUGCUACCUAUACCAGGAGCCAUGGGACUUAGCACUGGAAGCGUACUUACAACCCUUCUUCCUGGUAUGCUCAACGACUUUGGCAUUGGCAGGAUUGAAACAUGGAAAGUGUCACAUGACUUUGCUAGAAAGUAUCCAUACAUCAACUGUUCUUCCGUAAUAUCGGCGUAUGAGAUGGUUCCUUGUCCCGUGGAUCUAGGGACCACUGAAUCCUGUUCAGACCCGCCGAGCUGGGAGGAAAUAUCUUUCUAA